CCCCCCGUCACGUCUCGCCGAGUGGUUCCGUUUCUCGUGAGGAAGGUGUCCCGGUGCGUCUGCGUGCGUCCGAGCUUCUGGACAAAGUGACGCUGUGAGGUGCACUGUUGCUGCUCCCCUGUCUCCUCACGGCUCUGCAGCAGACCGGGCUGGAUGAUGGUCCUAUUCACAGAGGUUAGGCUCUCAUUCAACAGAGGGUCACAGCCACAAACGCAUCACCCACCCUCCUCCUCCUCCUCCUCCUCCUCCUCCUCCUCCUCCUCCUCCAGGCAGGAGUCAUCUGUCUGCCUGUGUUCAUCUAAACACCAGUGAAGACGGACAGGAAACAUAGACUUUAGUGCUGCUGCCAGAGUGUGCUGUGUGUGUGUAUUUCAGCGCUUCAGUGCCUUUAGUGUUCCCCCAAGCCCUCUCCUGUAUGUGUGUGUGUGAGCGUCUGCAAUGAUGGGUGAUUGUGUCCAGGUGGAGCAUUAAGAGGCAGACAGGACCUGUUCAAGUCAGCAAAACGGAGCCAGCUGCUGCAUAUGUGUGUGUGUGUUAGUGUGUGUGUGUGAGAGAGCGAGAGACAGGGCUGAUCAGUCCAGCACGUGAGACUAGGUGUGUGUGUGUGUCUGUGUGUGUGUGUGUGUGUGAUGGGCUAGUGUUGACCAGGCAAUGAGUGCGUCUCAUAGGCAGAGUGAGGGGCCGUUGGAUGCUGAGUUGAGCUAAAGGAGCAGAAAAAGGAGGAGAACCUGCGCAAGGAGCAGUCAUGGGGCUCGGACAGUCCAGCAAGGCUCCGGUCACUGACGACACUGACGAUGUGAAUUUCGACCACUUCCAGAUCCUGAGGGCAAUAGGAAAAGGAAGCUUUGGAAAAGUCUGCAUUGUGCAGAAGAAGGACACUAAGAAGAUGUACGCCAUGAAGUACAUGAACAAGCUGAAAUGCGUGGAGCGGAACGAAGUGAGGAAUGUCCUGAAAGAGCUGCAGAUUAUGCAGAACCUUGAACAUCCUUUCCUGGUGAACUUCUGGUAUUCGUUCCAGGAUGAGGAGGACAUGUUUAUGGUGGUUGACUUGCUCUUGGGAGGAGACCUGCGAUAUCACCUCCAGCAGAAUGUCCACUUCUCAGAGAGCACAGUGAAACUCUACGUCUGUGAGCUGGCCCUGGCACUGGGAUACCUCCGCAGCAAGCGUAUCAUACACAGAGACAUCAAACCUGACAACAUACUACUGGACGAGCAUGGGCACGUCCAUCUGACAGACUUCAACAUCGCAGCCAUUGUAAAAGAAGACCUUAAAGCCACGUCCAUCGCUGGGACCAAACCAUACAUGGCUCCGGAGCUCUUUCAGACCUUCGAGGGGUCCCACCCUGGCUACUCCUUCUCUGUGGACUGGUGGUCUCUGGGCAUCACAGCGUACGAGCUGCUAAGAGGACAGCGGCCCUAUGUGAUGAGAUCCAGCACACCAUCUAAUGAGAUCCUUCAGACCUUCCACAAAGUCCAUCCCAGCUACCCAGCAGCCUGGUCUUUGGAGAUGAAGUCUCUUCUCAGAAAGUUGCUGUGCAUAGAUGUCCAGAAGCGCAUUUCCUGUCUAGCUGAGCUCCAGGAUCUUGACUACAUGUCAGAUGUCAACUGGGACGCUGUGCUCAGCAAACUGCUCCCUCCAGGCUUUAUUCCCAAUAGGCGAAGACUAAACUGUGACCCGACGUUUGAACUGGAAGAAAUGAUCCUGGAGUCCAAACCACUUCACAAGAAGAAGAAACGGCUAGCAAGGAAAACCAAGGACCAGGGAUCUGAUGGGUCCCCGCAGAAUGGUCAACUGCAGCAGCGUUUGGAUAAUGUCCAGAGAGACUUCAUUGUCUUCAACAGAGAAAAGUCUAAGAAAGCAGUGGUGGACUCAGAGUCCUCUGAACUAUCCACGAGUGAGAAGAACAAGGCAAUAGAGGACGGACAGAACAACAAUGUUGAACCGGCUGCCUUCUUAUCAGGAUAGUCCUCCUGACUCCAGAUCCCCUCUUAAUCCUGUAUCACUUGCACCUUUCCACAGCUUGUAGAUCUGACAUUAACACCCAGGCACUUCCUGUUCUAUCAGCACAGGCACUCAGAAUCAGUCUUCAGCAUUCAUGCUACCAUCUAUACAAACACAAAUACAUAAUGUGCUUGUGCUUCACUGUUCACAAAAAAACCACAUGAUCACGAGCUGCAGAACUGCAGGAGAGAGAUGGACUCCAAAAAGCAACAGCCAUGCCCACAGCGCAGCUUUCUGCUUUCUUGUCAUUACGAACAUACUCAUAUCAUCACUCCUGGACAUCCCUCUGGUGCUCUCAAGUCUGCUCGACCUCAACAAAGGACAACAUGCAGACCUGAAGAGGAAGACACCCCCUUGCCAAUAAAGAAACAAUGCCACACCUGCCCCGCUCUAGCAGGAAAUCAAGUCUGAUGUGGUCAUCUAAUGCUGAAAGCUGGAUGUGCUGCUGCUGCUUUGGACUGGGCACUCAGAUUUAAAUCUCAGCUAGCUAAGCCUUCCUGGAUAAUCAUUUAAAUACAGCAAUGAUUUUCCAGCGCUACAGGAACAAGAAUUAAUACAAGGAAUGC